UGAUCGGGCUGUGUAAAAACUGUGCAAAAACCUGCAGUUGUCAUCUGGCAAAGGGAAAGGCUGCCUUUCCACCUAAGGGCUCCGCAGCCCUGAAUCCCAGAUCUUUGCUUUCCUCUUCCUUGCUUCAUUAUUUUCCCCUGGCUGCGUUUGUUGCAACCCGUCCAGACCCACCGGCAUCCGUGGGGGUGGAAUCCAUAUUCCACACACUGUGCAAGAAGGCAAGCUUUAGGAGCCCGGUUGCGUAGGUUUGGCAAAGGCGCACACACCGCCAUCCCUUGCUUUGCAUUGUCAAGGGCAGGCAGGGAGACGACGACCAGGUUUCCCCCCCAUUUGUUUCUGCAGCAGAGUCGACGUCUUGCUUUGGCAAGGCUAGGGAGGGAGCGACGGUGGGCCCUGGGCGAUAAGCAGUCCUUGCAACGGGAGAACCCCAGAGGUUUUCUUUCCAGAGGAGGGGACGCCAAAAAAAUAUAUCAGCCCGAGCCUCUUGCAAAGGAAUCCACUGCGUUUUCAUUUGCAAAAGCUGACUCCACGGCUCCCUUGCCUGGCAGGAGAAGGAAAUAGCCGGGCGAGGUAUAUUCUGCAGGUCGAGAACAAAAUCCAACAUGGGCUAUUCGGGAAGAGCCGCGUCUGACAUGUUGUGCCUACUGCUGCUUUGCUUUGUCCCUCUGCUCAAAGGCCUGCCCCUCUGGGAAAAUGGUGAUGUGGUCCCAGCCACUCCCUCCCCUCAGGAGGCCCUGUCUUCAGAGGCCAUGGCUGGACCCAAAGAGGAAGAACUGGGGGUUUCGGCUGAGGUGAGGGGAUCCUCGCCCACCAAUGUUGAAGGCUCUGAGCUGCUACAGGGAGCGCUGCUGAGGAAGGAGUUUCUGGGGGAUGAACUGAUGGAGGAGCCCAUCCCUGGUGGUAGCCCUUCCACCCUGCCCCCCUUCCACCCGCCCAUCCAGCACCUAGAUGGCAGGAUGGUCCCCGAGACCUCUGAAGCCACAGCCACCGGCCCGUCCCCUCUGACCACGGCAGCGCCUCCCACUGGCUUCCUCACGACCCCGCCAGCCUCCACGGUUGCUGCUCUUCCACGCCUCCCACCGCCACCGGAUGAGGCUGGUUCCACCAGCCAGCACAUAUCUGCCACCACAACAGCCUUCAUCCCCGAAGGUGAUGAGGAGACCACAACCACUCUGAUUACCACAACAACCAUCACAACAGUGCACACUCCUGUACUUUGCAACAACAAUAUCACUGAUGUAGAGGGCUACGUCGAAUCUCCUGAUUAUGCCGGUGCCACUUUCUAUGGAGGCUUGGAUUGUACAUACACGAUCUCCGUUUACAUGGGAUAUGGGAUAGAAGUACAGGUUCAGAGUCUGAAUCUAUCGAAAGAGGACUCUCUAACCGUGGAGGGUCUAGGACUGGAGAAGCCAGUGGUCUUGGCCAACGAGUCCCUGAUGGUAGAAGGGCAGGUGAUUCGAAGUCCCACCAACCAAGUCUUGAUUCACUUUCAGAGCUAUCACACCACCACUCCGGGAAUCUUCAAAUUUCACUAUCAAGCAUUUCUGCUUAGCUGUGCCUUUCCCAGCCGGCCAGAGAACGGCGAUGUUAUGGUGACUGACCUCCAUCCCGGAGGCUCCGCCACUUUUAAGUGCGAAUUGGGCUUUCACUUGCAAGGAGAGGAGACGCUGAUCUGCCUCAACGUCAGUCGCCCUCGCUGGAGUGGCACCAGCCCCACGUGUGUGGCUUCCUGUGGAGGGACAAUUCACAAUGCCACUCGUGGGCGUAUUGUGGCUCCUGAGGCACCAGGUGGGCCUCACGGUCGGAACCUGACCUGCCGUUGGCUGGUGGAGGCGCCUGAGGGACAGCGGCUUCAUCUGCACUUUGAGCGAGUGGCCUUGGAUGAGGAUAAUGACAAGUUAAUGAUCCGUAGUGGGAGCAGCGCCUUCUCCCCUAUCACCUACGACUCUGACAUGGACGAUGUCCCAGAACGGGGGUUGCUGAGUGAUGCCCAGUCUCUCAUCGUGGAGCUGACCAGCGAGGGCCCGGCCACACCCCUCAUCCUCAGCUUGCGUUAUGAAGCUUUCGACGAAGACCGAUGCUACGAGCCGUUCCUGGCGCACGGAAAUUUCAGCACGUCUGACCCGCUGUAUCGUGUGGGGACCGUGGUCGAGUUCGCCUGCAGCGCUGGAUACAUGCUCGAGCAAGGGCCCUCUGCCAUCGAGUGCGUUGAUUCGAGAGACCCCCGCUGGAACGAAAGCGAGCCGACGUGUAAAGCAUUGUGUGGGGGGGAGCUCUCGGAGCCCACCGGUGUUAUCCUUUCGCCCGACUGGCCCCAGUCCUACGGGAAAGGCCAGGACUGUGUUUGGGGCAUCCGGGUGCAGGAGGACAAGCGGGUGCUGCUGGACAUCGAGAUCCUCAACAUCCGCAAGUCCGAUGUGUUGACCAUCUUCGAUGGGGGGGACUUAACGGCUCGGAUUCUUGGCCAGUACUUGGGGCCCCAUCCCCGCUUCAGCCUUUAUUCUUCCGGCUCAGCCGUCACCCUCCAGUUUCAGUCCGAUCCAGGGGACCCCCUCUUCGGGCUCAGCCAGGGAUUCCUGGUGCGGUACAAGGAGGUUCCACGGAACGACACUUGCCCCGACUUGCCGGAGGUGGAGUUCGGCUGGCGCACCGCUUCUCACUCCGCUAUCAUCCGAGGCACAGUUGUGACCUACCAGUGCGAGCCAGGCUACGACAUUGUGGGGUCCGACAUCCUCACCUGCCAGUGGGACCUGUCCUGGAGCAACAGCCCUCCUACUUGCCAGAAGAUUGUGAACUGCGCCGACCCCGGAGAAAUCAGCAACGGCAAGCGCAGCGUCUCAGACCGCCGCUUCUCCAUCGGCUCCCAUGUCCAGUACUUCUGUCACGAGGGCUACAUUGUAGAAGGGAGCAGCACGCUGACUUGCUACAAUCGGGACACGGGCACCCCCAAGUGGAGCGACCGGGUGCCCAAGUGUGUCUUGAAAUACGAACCCUGCCUUAACCCUGGUGUCCCGGACAACGGGUACCAAACGCUGUACAAGCAUCACUACCAGGCGGGCGAAUCCCUGCGCUUCUUCUGCUACGAGGGCUUCGAGCUCAUCGGUGAAGUCACCAUCACCUGCAUACCAGGACACCCUUCCCAGUGGACAAGCCAGCCGCCACUCUGCAAAGUGGCCUAUGAGGAAUUUCUGAACGAUCGAAAACUAGAAGUUACCCAGACGACAGACCCUUCCCACCAGAUGGAAGGCGGCAACAUUGCCCUGGCAAUCUUCCUUCCCAUCAUUCUAGCCAUCUUGCUGAUUGGUGGCAUCUAUGUCUACUAUACCAAGUUCCAAGGAAAAUCUCUCUUUGGUUUCUCCUUCUCCAGCUCUCACAGCUAUAGUCCCAUCACCGUGGAGUCUGAUUUUAACAACCCCCUCUACGAAGCUGGGGACACUAGAGAAUACGAAGUCUCCAUCUAGAAGCUGUUAAAAAGAAUCUGCAUUCUUUCCCCAUCCCGAGCGAGUUUGAGGAACAGUGACUGUGAACAAUUCCUGUUUAGGAGGGAAUAGCGGAAGGCGGUUUGCGGGGAGGGCUUAGGGGAAGGGGAGGGGGGAGAGGAGAUUUCCACACUCCUUCACUCUACCCCGUACAUCCAGCUUUCUCCCUCCCUCCCUCUGUUGCCGCCUCACUGUCUACUUUGGAUGCUAUUCGCAUUCCCUCCCCCUGUAAAUACCCUUUCAAUGUGCCAAAUGCGUUCACACACACACACAAACACAAACACACUUUCUGCUUUAUCUGUUUUAUUUAUCUUAUUUAUUAACCCACACCUCCUCCUCUUCCCUUCCCUCAGGUUUGUAUUUCCGUAGCGGCUGAGGAAGAAGGAAAAGGUCGACGGUAUUCGACCCCGUUCCGUUCUUCUUAGCCGUGCCCCCCCUCCCCCCUCCUUUUCCAAGGAGGCGGAUAUCACUUCUAGGUGCUGUCAUUUUAAAAUAUAUAGAUAUAUAUAUCUUUAUAGAGAAGGUUGUAAAAUAACGAGAAAACCAGCAUAUGUGGCUUGUAGGAGCAAUCCUACCGUAAAAAGCAAAAACAAAAAACAUCCUAAAGCAGAUGAAACCCAAGAAGAAGGGGGGAAAAAACAGGCAAGAGACCUAAAUACAGGUAGACGCUAUGAUGAGGGAACCAAAUUCAUAACCCCAGUCCGGAACACGCUACAAUGAAACGAGUCCCGUUGAUUUCAGUAGGAUUUUUUUCCCCGUGCAGGUAACAUGAAAUUGCAAAAUAAUAAGCUAGAGCCUCCCAUAAAAAGCCAAGAUGUUUCAUUUAACAGGGAGUAAAGCAGGGUCAGAGCACAGGUGACUUCUAGGGUUGCCAACAGGCCUGGGGAAAAUAUAUAUCCUGUCCCUUCCAUAGGGGCUUGAUGCAUGAAGAGGGCAGGUGAAGCUUUUCACAGCAUGGAGGUAAAUAACAUCAAUUAAUACAUAGCAUCCCAUUAAGCCUCUUGGUUCCCCCUGCCUCCAGGUACGUUGGUAACCCUUGUGAGUGCCUUCUGACCUCACUAUAAUCUGGACUCGAAAAGGCCCCGCAACAGACCUAUUGUUUCAUUGUCUUAUGUGAAAGAAGCCGGCGUACAAAACUCUUAUGAGAGUUUUAGAGACAUGAAGACAGUGUAACAGGAACCAAUCCUGCUAUAAUGGAUUGUAAAGCAGGACUCUUGAAAAAUUAAAGGGCACCAUAAUAGGACCUGUGCAACCCAAUCCCACUGCAUUCAGUAGGACUUGUUUCCAUUUAAAUGUGCAUAGAGUUGCAGCACUACUGACCAAGGGCUUUCUGAUUACAUCCUAUCACUUUUCCUCCCAAUUUCUGAUUUGCCUCCCGUCCCUUAAAAAAGCAAGAAAAAGGUCAAGAGGGCCUGAAACUGUGUAGGGCUUGCAAAAAAAGAAGAGAAUUUGCCCUCUAGAGGUAAUCCCUUUAAGUGGGACCAGCCUGAUCCUUGGAGCCUGUGUGAGGGUGCUGGGUUGUUUGCUUUGAGCAGCAAAUGACUGCUUGCCCAGUUAUAUUUUUAUCGGCAUCAGGGCAAUGUUUAGAUUUUCCGGCUCAAGUUCUGACAUUCCUUGGGUGCUCUCUGCUGUUAAAUAAGAAAACAUACCUUAGUGUUUUAAAGUAAGAAUCAUAAAGUUGGAAGGGACCCCAAGGGCCAUCAAGUCCCACCCCCUGCAGUGCAGGAACACACAAUCAGAGCACUCCUGACAGAUGGCCACCCAGCCUCUUUUUAAAAACCUCCAAAGAAGGG